UCAUCUUUAUUGCUUAUAGAAGAUUUUUUACUUCUUCCUUCCCACUUCAAAUUUGGGAUGUUGGCGUAGGUGAUGCCGAUGACUGUCUGAACUCCAGUCAGUAAAGAUGGAGGAAAUCGGCAUUAUCGUCUCCGAAAAGGAGGAUCUUAGCUUGGAUUCCAAACCUACCCUUCUGCCACAAUGUAGCCCCCUUGAUGAUUUGGAUGUAGAGGACCUAUACACCAAAUUUAAGACUCUUCAACGGCAGCUUGAGUUCCUAGCUGUUCAGGAGGAAUACAUUAAAGAUGAGCAACGAAACCUCAAGAAAGAAUAUUUACAUGCACAAGAGGAGGUUAAAAGAAUCCAAAGUGUCCCACUUGUCAUAGGACAGUUCCUGGAAGCUGUUGAUCAAAACACUGGAAUUGUAGGCAGCACAACAGGUUCCAAUUAUUAUGUCAGAAUUCUCUCUACUAUUGACCGAGAGUUACUGAAGCCAUCCGCCAGUGUUGCGUUACAUAAACAUAGUAAUGCCCUUGUGGACGUCUUACCUCCUGAAGCAGAUUCUUCAAUAUCAAUGCUUCAAGCAGAUGAAAAACCUGAUGUUCAGUACGCAGAUAUUGGUGGAAUGGACAUGCAAAAGCAGGAGAUUCGUGAGGCUGUGGAGCUGCCCUUGACCCACUUUGAACUUUACAAACAGAUUGGUAUUGACCCUCCACGAGGUGUGUUAAUGUAUGGUCCACCUGGUUGUGGCAAGACUAUGCUUGCUAAAGCUGUUGCCCAUCAUACCACAGCUGCCUUUAUCAGAGUGGUGGGAUCUGAGUUUGUUCAAAAAUACCUUGGUGAAGGGCCCCGAAUGGUCCGAGAUGUGUUUAGGCUCGCCAAGGAAAAUUCCCCUGCUAUCAUCUUUAUUGAUGAGAUUGAUGCUAUUGCCACAAAGCGUUUUGAUGCACAGACAGGAGCUGAUAGAGAGGUGCAGCGAAUUUUGUUGGAGCUCCUGAAUCAAAUGGAUGGGUUUGAUCAAACCACAAAUGUUAAGGUAAUUAUGGCCACAAACAGAGCUGAUACCUUGGAUCCAGCCCUGCUCAGGCCUGGGCGCUUGGAUCGUAAAAUUGAGUUUCCGUUGCCUGACAGAAGGCAGAAACGUCUUGUAUUUUCCACUAUCACUGCUAGAAUGAACCUAAGUGAUGAGGUAGAUUUAGAGGACUAUGUUGCCAGACCAGAUCAUAUCUCUGGUGCUGAUAUCAAUGCAAUUUGUCAAGAGGCUGGAAUGCAUGCUGUGCGAGAAAAUCGAUACAUUGUCCUGGCUAAAGACUUUGAGAAAGGUUACAAAAAUAACAUCAAAAAGGAAGAAUCUGAACAUGAAUUCUACAAGUAAUUUUUUAUUAAUAUUGUUGUGUGGUUAAGAUAGAUGUAUUUGUGUCAGAUUGUUUUCUUUUAAAGUAAUAGUGUUCAUGGAUCCAUGUAACUAAUGGGACUGCUCAGAGACUUGAAAGUAUGCUAUGUUAAGAACAGAUGUAACUGUUUUUUGACUGGAAUCUUUAUAAGACACAAUCUAAUAAAAAUAAUCAACUAAAUUA